AUGAAGUAUUUCUCAUGCCAGCCCGAUAGUCAUAACGGGUUUGGUUUACUUAUUGGCCACACACUCAUGUACUUCACAGUGGAAUGCGAUCAACCAGAGACUGUGGGAGCCAAUAUUAGUAAUAGUAUUAUUAGCAGUAGUAGUAGUAAUAAUAAUAAUAAUAACAAUAACAAUAAUAAUAAGAAUAAUAAUAAUAAUAAUAAUGGCAGCGACUCCAACGCUGCAUCAAAUAGCGAGAAGGGGACAUCACGUGCCCAUGUACAAUACACAGUCACUCUUCCCCAGGAAUUUGGCUUGGCCCCACAGUGCUUCAGCAUGGCAAAUCGUUCCUUGUAUGGAUUUGACAUGGCGUUUGUGGGGGCGAGUACCGGUGUCAUGGCUGUGGUGGUGAUGGCCACAUCCAGCGCGAUUUAUGUCCCAGGAAGGAAUAUUGCAUCGUUGCGUACAUUCCCCACGGCAGCCGCCACACCCGCAGCUGCGAGGCAGGGGGAUCACCGUGCUGCGUCACAUGUACACCCUCAAUCCAACACGGGUACGAUUGGAGCCUCCGCCUUUUAUUCACCCUCGUUGGGUCAGAUGUCGGAGUCGGACCGUGGCGUUGGGACAAUCACGUGGAUGCGUGACAAACCAAUUGUGUUCGUCGGAUUUAUGUCCGGUCGUGUUGAGUGGUAUUACGUGACAAUCGCCGCCUCCACACAAAAGGCAGAGAUGGGCAAAGGCCAUGUAGGUGCCGCCACUACUCCCGUUACGGGAACAGCAACAGUAGCAACAUCAGCGGUAGAGGAGUGUCCUUCUCGAGGGAAUAGGAGUGUGGAGGGGCAAGAGAAGGCCGCAGGAUGGACAGAGGCGGGGUCUGUUACGAGGUUUUUCGGUGAUUGCGCGCUACCACCGAGUAUAUGGAUGCAUAAUAGUUUUUGGCAGCGAGGGACAAUUCAGAAAGUACACGAAAACGGAGAAGGGGAGGGUGUGCGAAUUCGUUUGCAUCUUUCGUGUGCCUUUUACGAUACCGGUGGAUUCUUAACAAGUGACUGGUUCCCAGCGACUGGGCACGUUGUGGCUGGGGCGGAGCGCGCGGUUUAUGUCUUCUCCACAGAACAGCCGGGGGCUCCGCUGUAUUCUGUUUUAUGCGUCGGCUGCAGUUUUCUUGCUUGCCACCCCUGCCUGCCCAUUGUGGGCUGCCUUUCCUUUGGAAGGUCGGCAGAGACAGGCAAGCAGCCAGGUGCUUGUGUGCUGCAUGUCUUUGAGUGGACGACUGGCGGCACCCUUUUUCUUGCCGCCGAAAAGCGUACAUUUCAUGGUGUCCCGCGUCAUGACGUUUACUACAGCUGCUCGUGGAAGUUUAGUGCUGAUCGGCAAUUGGCCAUCUGUAACGUCGUAGAGGGUGCCGUGCAUGUGCUGCACCUUGCGAAGACAGAGGAGGGAUUUGAGGCGGCGUCGCAGGAGGGUACGGAGACUUCUUUAUCCUCGUCAUCUUCAUUACCGCGGCCCUUGUACACAUUUAACCGGGAACGUGAAGCACCAAUUCCAUUGCAUUCGCUUAUCAACAUUGAGUUUAUAUCUGCUGCGACACAUGCUCUGCCCGAAGUGACACCGCCUACCACCUCGUUGUCGUUGCACAACACAGGUGGUGUAUUAGUGCGGGAACACAUGUUGGCAAGGCGCAUGCUGCAUUCAUCCGGACCACGACGUAAGGUUUGUCGUUCGCAUGACAGCAGGGCUGCUGCAAGGGCGGCACGAAUUCAACGUGGGAAUGGCAACCGUCUGCAUCAUCAUCAUGGUCAUUAUGAUAACAAAGGGGCAGGUGGCAGUGGAUGUGGUGGCGUUGGCUGUAGAGACGUUUGUUUGUACUGUGCCACUGCGCGCGACGAUCCCGGAGUCAAGAAGGGUGCGGGUGCCUUUUCCCGCAUUGUUGGUAUCAAUCACGCGGGCGAACUCACAGCCAUUCCAGUGGACGCAGAUGCAAGGAUUUCCAUUUUGGGAUCAGGAUGUUUUGCUGCCAGUUUCUGUGGGUCAGUUUUUGUCGGGAGCGGCGAUGUGCAUCAGAUGGACACGGGGCAGCGCAUGAAGAGGCGGUUGGUAGCCGGCUUCGGUGUUCCUGCCGCAGCCAACGUGCAGGCACUUUGCGAGUUCAACGACCCGUCGGAUGAGGAUUUGCGUGUUUUGUUUGCGUACAUCAGCAUCAUGGAGACGGUGGGUGCGGUGGGCAGCAGCGGACCGGUUCCAAGCAUUAUUGAGUUGCUUUCGCUCGCAAACGCCCCGAAUACAACAAAAUUGAUGGCCCUCAAUUUGCUGCCGCACGGUAUCACCGUGGUGUGCGGCUCUUCCACCUCGCCGAACGACUCGCGUCGACUGCUGCUGCUGCAGCUACUGAACUGGAUUCCAUCGGAGGAGUCCUUCUCGUGCGGCGAGGGGAACAAUGAGGUGUGCGAGUACACGAGGUGUGACGAGCUGGAGCGCGCAGUGGCCGUGGAGGUGCUCCACAACCGGAGGCCGCGUGCUGUCACGCUUCUUCAGCGGCAUAAGCAGCUGAAUUCAAAGUACACAACCAUCGCAGGACUUCUUGAGUACCCGGACUUUAUUUUAAAUACCCUCCGUGGCGGUGCGAUGGAGGAGGCGCAGGAAUGUUUCUUAAAGCAAUGGAGCCCAUGGCUUCAGGUUGUCUUUUUGCAUGAAAUGAACCGAACAAAAAUAUACACAAAUGUCGGGCUUCCCUUUUGGGAUCGUAUUGCCAUUGCGGUCAUCUUGGAGAGUGACACAUCACGGCUUAUUUCGAUUCUUAGCAGUACUUUUGCACGGGAGUGUAAUAUGUUGCAGAGGCUUCUGCUGCUAGAAGGGAUUUCCGAGAGGACAUUUCCGCUGAUGCAGAUGAUUGUGGAUUGCACUGGGGACUUUCAGUUGGCCGCGUGCCUCUUUGCACGUAUCGGGGCACGUGAUGCGCGUUCUGCUUCUGUUUCUAACACCUCAACUCCGCUGGAUGCUUCUCUACAGGACCGCGUCGAUGCAGCAGACAGGAUAGGCGCUGUCAAGUCGGAGUAUUUAGCCUCUCCGUGGGAUUUGUGGGCGGCUGCCUACCGUACAUUCCUGAACGAUGAGGAGGAGUUUGUCAAGCGCACCAUGUUUGACUUGGCGUGUCAGCAGUUGCGCGAGUCUCACGUCCUUCAGCUCCCACCGCAAACAACGACCCAUCAACGGCAGCAUGAGCGACUGCGGUAUCCAGAAGUACAGUUCUACUCGCGACGUUUUUUUCAACCUUCUCUCUCCAGUUUGUCGCCAUUUAAAGGCGCCCUGAGUGCCAAAACUGACCCCCUCCAACAUUGUGCACUUUCCUAUCCGUUGCUUGCCACCGGCCAUUCUCACUGCUCUGUCUGCUCGUCCCUCGUGUACUUGCGGUCGUCGUGUGCCCAGGACAGCUUGGCAUGGUGUACCGCGUGUCUGCAUGGUGGGCACGCGAAUCAUCUUCAGGAGUGGUUUUCAACUCAUCGCAAGUGCCCGGUGUAUGGAUGCAGCUGUCGUUGUGAGCAGGUAGGGACCGAGUCAUACGGGGAAGGGGGUAGAGCUGCCUUUCGAUAG